AAUUAGCAAUAAUUGGUAUUUAUUGGUAGGGAAACAUGUGAUUUAAAAAUAACCAAGACCUAAAAUUUGCGGAGCAAUUGUGAUUUAUAAAACUAAAAAUUGAAUAAAUUUUGAAUUCGUAAUCGCGUCGCAGAAAUGUAUGGUGCAUCAAAUCUCGCCAACUGUGGCACGUCAUGGACCGCGAGCAAACGAUUAGAGAAGGCGCCGGCGGCGUUAGAGUCAUUCUCAGUACUUCUGAAGCAACUGCAUCAAGACCAACUCAACAUGGUUCAUUAGAAACUGUACGAGCACUUCACGAGACCGUGGUUUCACUGCGUGAAGCUUUAGAGCAGGCUAAAUCGGAACUUGCAGAACUCAGAAGCCGUGCCACUACUGACAGCUUUUGUCAAACACAAGAAAACAAAGAAAAACCGCCGAUAAAUACGCUGAAUGAUAAAACGCCUCUUUGCUCACAAAAACGCAAAAAAAGAAUGUCUUCUAGUAUAAAUGUGCAGAUAAAAGUAUCUGCCACUGGUAGAUCAGGUCGACUAAAUAGUACGACCACUGAUGAUGACGACAAUGGGGAUAAGGAACACGUAGUUGAAAAAAUGACAACAGAAAUAAAUGAUAAUCCGCCUGAGGAAACAGCGAUGUCAUGCGACGAUAAUGUGCCGUCACAAGAGUCCCGACAUCAGGCCCGAAAUGUUUCAGGAGAUAAUUUGCACCUGGACGUGGAUGCUUUAAGUCUCCAGUCUAUGUCUGAUGGAGAUAAUUCUGUUUUCAGCGAUGGAACAACUACGCCCUGUGACCCUUGCGACACAAGUCAUUUACAAGCUCCACAGAGAGAUCGUGAUAAUGCGUCUUCUGGGAAUGAAUCAGAUGGCGUCGAUGAUAUUGAAUUGAUUUUUACUACAGACGAAACGAAAGCAGAAGAUUUAGAUAAAAGGGACGAUCUCGUUUCUAUAGCGGAUGAUGUAGAGAACGGCGGAGUCGACUGGAGAACCAAUGUAGAGAAACAAGAAUGCCCAAGGGGCGGUGAUACCCCCGUUUUGUUAUGCUACCGGAAAUUACCGAGUGAAAGUUCGACAAAUUUCGCGGAUGAAAAUGCGGAAACUAUCAAUCGGAAGUGUGACUUAGCAUCAACAAGAAACCAAAUCAGUACGGACAGUCUUCUCAUAGACAGAAGUUUUGAUAGAGACAAAUCUUCUAGUUUUGAACGCGAUGAAAGUUUCGACAGAUUUGAUGAUCCUGCAGGAGUUGGGACCGGGAUGAUAGGACGUCGAUGGUCACAGUUCGGACGGUCAGGACAACCACCAAUUGAAACUGAUAUCUCUAAGUGCGGCGUCGUCGAUGAAGAAUAUAAUUUAAUGGCUAGAAGGAAUACAUGUCCGAAUCCCGCACCAUACAGGCCAAUAAUUCACCGCGAAGCAUUAGGCAUAUCCGGAUAUCCUUCGCGUGCACCACGCCUCGGAUCAGGAGUCUCGAAUGCUGCCAGGCGUCCCUCCAGGCCAAUACUACAUGGCGCGAAUGCUGGACCGCGUCGGGAAAGCGGCGCCCAAACCGAUAUCUCCGCACUACCGGGUAGUGGUGGCAUACAGUGGAGAUCUGAAAGUCAUCUCGCAGGAUCUGACAAAACUUUUGGGUCGACAGCUCAAUUUACAUUGCCAUCCAAAUUUGCUUUGCCGGAAAGAUAUAGUAAAUAUUCGUUAAGGCAAGUAUAA